AUGGAUAAAGCUCUUAUAGCUCUUUCUUUAAAAGAUGAUGAAGAUACACCUUUCAAUCUUCCAGACCUUCCUCAGUUUUAUGCUUCAGAAAGGAAUGCAUGCAGCAUUAUUGGCCGUCUUCUCAACCCUGAAUUUCAAAACAUGGCCAACCUUAUUCUCGAUAUGCCGAGGAAAUGGCAAAAAGUGAAUCGGGGUUUGGCUUUAGAAAGAUGGGUAGCAAGGCCUCCGAAUGGAUAUCUCCAGUUUGUCUCAAUCUGGGUUAGGAUCAGCAACAUCCCAGUCAAUCACUACACGGUUCCUGCAAUAACAGAACUCGGAGAGCUGAUCGGACAUGUGGAGCUUGUAGCUUUCGAUCCUGAAAAAUCUCAGCGACAGGAUUACGUUCGAGUCAAGAUACGCAUCGAUGUCUCCAAAUCUCUUAAGAAAUCAAGAACUCUGAAUCUUCCUGGAGGAGAUCAAACGACUAUCUUCUACUUUUAUGAAAAAGUCCAGAAAAGGUGUACUUAUUGUCAGAGACUCACACAUGCAAAACCAAGAUGUCCUUUUCUCAUCAAUAAUCCAGACAUGCAACAGGCUUCAGCAAGUAUUCAACAUCAUCCUCACUCUUCAAAGACUAAGCCUUUCUUAUCAGAGGACGAUCCUCUGUUUGGAGUUUUAAAGGAGGAUCAAGUGGGUUUUAACCCUAUCUCUGGGCGUCCUCGCAUCGAUCCUGAAGUUCUUCAAGAAAUGCGUAACUACCUUCUUGCUUCUAGCAAGGAAGAUAGACAUAUCAGAGAGCAAAGGGUUAUCUUCUCAGUCAAGGAAGCUGAACAAAAUCCUAUCUCUCAAAGGACGAUGUUACAACUGGUUCCGCCUCCGAUCAUCACAACAGACAUCAACAAAGGCAAAGGAAUUGUCUAUGAUUUUGAAAAAAAUCUUUUCAACUCCAAGACCGCAAGCUCUUCUCCUCAGAUUCCUAAAUUGAUGCAAUCGGCAAUCUCAGCAGGGCAGACUCUGGUUAACUCUACAACUAAUGUGUUCUGUCGGCUCUCAAUGACAAAUACUCUUAGCUCCUCCAAUCAGAAACAACUACCCUCGGUUCCUUUUGUUGAAUUCUCGAGUUCGACAACAGAAAAGGAAAAAGCCAAGAGGAAGCCGGGAAGGUACAAAAGGAUUCCAGCAUCGCAAAGGAAAAAUUCGAAGUCAGCAACAAAGAAUCAACACUCUACGACUGCUGAUCAUGGUCUUAAGAAGAAACGUAAGGCGGAAGAUGAUUUGGCCGGUGCAUCCAAGAUUGCUAAGCGCAUUGCAUCAGAGACGGUCCCAAUGGAGGGACCGUCCAAAGCUUAA